AUGAGCCCUUCGUCACUUGUAAGUCGAAUUCAGCUUUCGAUUGAUUUGGCACCGUCACUCACUAAAAAUGCAUUCGUACAUCCUUUUUCUGAGAACUUAUCUGACUGUGUUCUUCAGAUCUCCUUCGUCCUUUUGCUCUCCAGUGGGCAUGCUGAAGGUUACAACUGCGAGGAAAACGUUCCCGAAAAAAUUCAAGUAUUUCUGGCAAAUGCCAUAAAUUCGAAGCGUAAGGAAUACAACAGCGCAGUAAAUUUACUAUUGGGACACGUCGAGUUUGACUGCAACCUUGCAAGAGAAGCCUUCACACAUGAAUACAAAGGCAAAGUACAUGACGGUUUCCAUUCGCUAGUCGAAAGAAAUCUCGAGGAAACUAUCACAGAAACGUUGGAGAAAGCAAUUGGGAAUGUCCACAAAAAUGAGAUUUGGUUUGGCACGGCUCAGGCUACCAAGGUUGGAUGCAGCAUCAAGCUUAUAACUAAGAAAGAAAAUGGUCAACACUGGCUACUUCUCCAGUGCAAAUUCAGUACAGUAAGAGGAAAUCCGCGCAAAUAA